UCUGGCUGAAGCAGGAGUGGAGGACUACAAGCUGCGCUGGAACCCGGCGGACUUGACAACGUCACCUCCAUCCGGGUGCCCUCCGAGAUGAUCUGGAUCCCCGACAUCGUGCUCUACAACAACGCCGACGGGGAGUUGCCGUGACCCACAUGACGAAGGCCACCUCUUCUCCAACGGGAAGGUGAAGUGGGUGCCCCCCGCCAUCUACAAGAGCUCGUGCAGCAUCGACGUCACCUUCUUCCCCUUCGACCAGCAGAACUGCAAGAUGAAGUUCGGCUCCUGGACCUACGACAAGGCCAAGAUCGACCUGGAGAACAUGGAGCACCACGUGGACCUCAAGGACUACUGGGAGAGCGGCGAGUGGGCCAUCAUCAACGCCAUCGGCACCUACAACUCCAAGAAGUACGACUGCUGCACCGAGAUCUACCCCGACAUCACCUUCUUCUUCGUCAUCCGCCGCCUGCCCCUCUUCUACACCAUCAACCUCAUCAUCCCCUGCCUGCUCAUCUCCUGCCUGACCGUCCUGGUCUUCUACCUGCCCUCCGACUGCGGCGAGAAGAUCACGCUCUGCAUCUCCGUCCUCCUCUCCCUCACCGUCUUCCUGCUGCUCAUCACCGAAAUCAUCCCCUCCACCUCGCUGGUCAUCCCCCUGAUCGGCGAGUACCUCCUCUUCACCAUGAUCUUCGUCACCCUCUCCAUCAUCAUCACCGUCUUCGUCCUCAACGUCCACCACCGCUCGCCCAGCACCCACACCAUGCCCCGCUGGGUGCGCGGCUUCUUCCUCGACUUCAUCCCCCGAUGGCUCUUCAUGAAGCGCCCCCCGGCGCUGCCCCCCGCCCAGGGGGCCGCGGGCCAAUACGACCCCCCGGGGACCAGGCUCAGCACCUCCCGUUGCUGGCUGGAGACCGACGUGGAUGAUAAAUGGGAAGAGGAAGAGGAGGAGGAGGAGGAAGACGAGGAAGAGGAGGAGGAGGAGAAGGCGUACCCCGGCCGCGUGCCCCCUGCCCAGGGCACCCAGUGCCGCUACGGCUGCGGGCGCCAAGCGGGGAAGGCGUCGGGGGGUCCAGCCCCACGGGUGCCCCCCAAGGAGGAGGAGACGGGCUCAGAACGGGGGCUGCUGCUGUCCCCCAGCAUCCUGAAGGCCCUGGAGGGGGUGCAGUACAUCGCCGACCACCUGCGAGCCGAGGAUGCUGACUUCUCGGUGAAGGAGGACUGGAUAGUGGCCAUGGUGAUCGACCGCAUCUUCCUCUGGAUGUUCAUCAUCGUCUGCCUGCUGGGCAUGGGGCUCUUCCUGCCACCCUACCUGGCGGGGAUGAUUUAGGGGCUGGGGGCGACGCAGGCUCCCCCCCCCCUCCCCUGGGGACCCUCAUCUCUCCCCGGAUGAGGCCGUGACGUGGAGGACCCUUGGGUGGGAAAAGCUGGAGGGAGGACAAAGGGGGUGCUGGGGGUGAUUUGGGGGUGGGGGUGGGAUGUUCUCUCCAUAGACAGAAGGAGAGCACCUGGAGGCACCUAGGAGAGGUGUCUGCCUCCUUGAGCUGCCUCAAAUCCUACCUGGAACCCAGGGGAUGUGCCUGGUUGUGACCCCAAGGCGCUGGGUAAGAAGAGAGGACCCCAGAGCCGCUGCUGGACGCACCCUGGCCGCAGGGUGCUCAGGACCGUGGGCUGGCGCGGUCACCAAAAUGUGGGGCGGGUGAUGGAGAUUCGGGUGGCUCUGCUGAGCCUGGCCAGAGCAAGCAGUCACCCUGCAGCAUCCCAGACACGUGCUUGGGUCUGGGCCUUGAACCCGGGGUGCUGCCUUGCUCCGAGGUGCUGGAUCCAUCGGCACGGGGGUCCCAUUCCCCUGGGACCAUCCUGAGCAAUCAUCCUCUCCAACCCACUCCCACAACCACCUGCAGACCCCCAAAAUCCCUCGCUCUGAUGACUGCUGCCAUCCAGCUCUGAUUUCUAGCUUCCAUGUACCCAAAAGGACCCAUCAUUAGGAGGGACCGAGUCCCUUCUGCGCCCUGGAGCUGGGAUUUUCCCUGCAGUGCUUUCUCCUCCAGGAGCCCAGCUGGAUGCCGUCUGAGAGGCUUCAGAGAACACUUUGUGCUGUCAGGAGUGAAAUGGGCUGGAAUAAAAGCUCGCCGAGAGACGUGA